AGGGAGGAGAAGUCCUGGGAUAUUUGGGAAGAUAAAGGGCGAUGACCACCCCGGCGGGCUCCGGCACGGGCUUCGGCUCCGUGUCCUGGUGGGGCCUGUCCCCGGCGCUGGACCUGCAGGCUGAGAGUCCUCCUGUGGACCCGGACCCGCAGGCCAAUCCAGAGCACGGGACCCCCGAGCUAGACGUGCUGCUGCUGGGUUCGGUGGAUGGGCGCCACCUGCUUCAAACCCUGGCCCGGGCGGCGCGCUGGCCACGCAGGAGGUUUCAAUUCUAUGUGCUGGAGAAUAAUCUGGAAGCUGUGGCCCGACACAUGCUGUUCUUCAGCCUGGCCCUGGAGGAUCCCGAGAAGAUGGGGCUGCAAGAGAGGAGCGAGGCCUUCCUGGAGGUGUGGGGGAACGCGCUGCUGCGCCCCCCGGUGGCCGCCUUCGUGCGCGCCCAGGCCGACCGCCUGGCGCACCUGGUUCCGGAGCCCGACCGCCUGGCGGAGCAGCUGCCCUGGCUGAGCCUGCGCGCCCUCAAGUUCCGUGAGCGGGACGCCCUGGAGGCCGUGUUCCGCUUCUGGGCCGGCGGGGAGAAGGGGCCCGAGGCCUUCCCCGUGCGCCGCCUCUGGGACCUGCGGCUGCGCCACUACCUGGGCUCGCGCUACGACGCCCGGCGCGGGGUCAGCGACUGGGACCUGCACAUGAAGCUGCACGACCGCGGGGCCCGCGUCAUCCACACCAGCGAGUUCAGGCGCUGGAGGGACACGGGCGUCGCCUUUGAGCUCAGAGACCCCAGCGCCUACCAGGUGCCCAACCGCACUCUGGCGUCCGGCCGCCUUCUGAGCCACCGCGGGGAGCGCGUGGCCGCGCGAGGGUACUGGGGGGACAUCGCCACGGGGCCCUUCGUAGCCUUCGGCAUCGAGACGGACGACCCGAGCCUCCUGCGGACCAACAACGGGCAGCCGGUCAAGACUGCGGGCGACAUCACGCAGCACAAUGUGACGGAGCUGUUCCGCGCACUGGCCGCCUGGGGGCCCCCGCGCGCCGCCCAAGGAGACCCCCAGGAGGUGGCAGGCAACGCGAAUGGAACCGGGGAGCCUGCCCCCGGCCCGGCGUCCUUCACCGUCCACUUCCUGCCCCUCGGCUCUGCCCAGACCCUCCACCACAAGACCUGCUACAAGGGUCGGUUCCCGCUCCUCUACGUGGCCUGUGGGAUGGUGCAUCUCCUUAGCCCUGAGCUCGGGGCCUGCGUGGCCCCUGGGGGACGCCUGGUUGUGGAGUUAGCCCGGUACCUGGUGGACGUGCGGCCGGAGCAGCUGCAGGCAUUCUCCGACCGGGUGGGGGAACUGGCUCAGGCCGCUGGAUUCGCCCCACAGCCCGGGGCCGGGCCCUCCGAGACCUUCGCGCGCUUCUGCAAGUCCCGGGACUCAGGUCCCCGAGACCCGGCGGUGGAAUCCGGGACUCCGCCCCCUGACGCCAUGGCUCCGCCUCCUGAAGCCCUGGCCCCGCCCCCUGAGGCAACAAACCCGCCUUCGGAGGGCCUGACCCAGCCCCUCCAAGGUCAAACCCCCCCUGAACCCCUCAAACUGCCCUCAGAGUCUCAGGCUUCUUCACUGGAGGCUCCGGCUCCGCCCACAGGGAGUCAGACCCCCCAAACCAGAGAGUCUGAGGGGACCCUCAGAGACCACCUCCCCACCUCUGGCUUCUAAAGGCAGGUCCUGGAGUUGGACCCUCCACAUGCCCGCUCAGCCCCCAGAGGCCUUGCUCCAAUUUCAGAUUCCAUUUCUGAGAUCCUAUAUUCUGUCCCUAGAGUUCUAGAUGGUUCUCUCAGAGCUCCACACUCCACUCCCGACACUCGAAACGCAGCCCAGAGACGGGCCCUGGGCCUCGGGCGCUCUGCGGGGUCCC